GUCUUACUUGGUCUCUGAGAAACAGGGUUAUUCGUGUUUCUUCUACUCACGUUUGAGUUCCUGAUGACAACAGAGGGAAAGGAACAGACAUACUUAGGGUAGUCCCGACAGAUCCUUUUCAUGCAAAUAAAACAGUACGGACAGCUGACUAGAAGUGAACAUGGAACCUCUUGAAUUAUUGCGUAAAGGUGUGAUUUGGGAGAAUAUAUGUUGAUCAGAAUAGGUUUUGUGAACGUCUGUAGGUCAUGCACGUAUGCAGAGAAUCGAUUCUGAAGUGGUUAUAUAUAUUUAACCCCAAUAAUACAAUCUGCCCCUGGCAUAUAAUGCCACUUCCAACUUUAGUACUAUCUUUGGGAGGUUGCACAACAUCUAGAAUGGACAAGACAUGCAAACUCUUUAUUAAAUUAAAUUAGUAAAAGGUAAAAUGUUAACUGAAGAGAAUUAGCUUUACCUAUUUUCUUUUCCAGUCUGGAGUUUCAGCUCCAUGCAGCCAUGGCUCCACCCUCUAGCGCUGUUUGAUGCAGAUAGGUCCAGAUAGGAAUGUCUGCUACUUUCUUAAUUUUUAGUUGUGUGAUAAGGUUUUCAAUCAUGCUCUGCCUUGUUUAUCGUGCCUUUCCAACAAUAUUUUUGUGUGUUGAUGCUGUAGAGAAAUAUUAGAGGGAGUUUGUAGGAAGAGUGUUAUGAUACUCCAUCUUCACCAAGCAAUUUUGUAAUGGACAGUGAUACAAACCCUGAUGAAGCAUCCAAGGGUUAUUGAGUUUUGAGUUAUGGCUCCAUGGAGCCAAGAAACUUUUUCCUUUUCUUGUUCACUGUUUUCGCUUGAAAUAAUAAGCCUACUAAGUCCUGAGCUACUAGUAUCUUCAUUGAACUGUUAAUUUUGUCACCAUGAAUCUUGUAGAUCAUUUUUCUUAAAAGUUACAUGCAUCUAUUUUGGCCUUUCCAGUUAUUUUUCUGCCUACCAUUGUGCACUGCAGAACAGAGGAUGACAAAUAUCCAGCAUAUUGUACUUUUCUCGCAGGCAAAUAUAUUAUUAUACACAGCUGCAUGCUUAAUCAGGGAUGCCCAUACAGGAAGCCGGUAACGAAGCUAGAAGCACAUUUACUCUGUAAUUGAUCUAGAGCACAUUUACUCUGUAAUGGAUUUACACAUAUGUAACAGUAUGAUUCCAUGGAUACAAGCAACACUUACAAGAUUUGCAUUGAGCCUGUAUGUAUAAUAAGGGGAAUACAUAUGAGAAAGGCUAGUUUAAACAAUUCAUUUAAGCUGAAAUUUUAGCCAGCAUUUUUACUACAGAACUAUAUUUACAUUUUCUGUACAGUUGAAUUUAUUCAAAUUCGUUUAUGAACUUUUAUUUUCCUCACUUUAAUUGUAAUAGCUGGCCUCGUUUUUUUUAUCUGCCUUUCUUUUUCGUUCUUACAGUUACUGAAGUAAUGUGGCAUUUUGGUCUAAGGUGGGGGCACUAGGAUUUCUAUUAGCCACACGAAGUGUGCAUAACUGCUAGAUCUGCACCUCCCCAGUUAGAAAGGCUAGGUCAGAGCAUCUCUGUGCCUCCAAAGCCGCCCUGGAUUCGCAAUUAUUGAGGCGCCUCCACUAUAAAAAGGCAACCAUCCACAAGAAGUAAGAACACAGCGAGCAAGCAAGCAAAGCACACAACAAGGACAAGACAGCAGCUGAGAACCCUAGUACUGAACCAAAAGCCUUCACAGGGGCUUACUGCGAAUGAACACCCAGAGGAAGCCUGGAGACUGGAACUGCAACUCGUGCCAGCACCUCAACUUCAGCCGCCGUGACUUCUGUCAGCGCUGCCGUGCCACGCGCUCGGAUCUGCAGCUCGGAGACGGCCGCUGUAUAGGUGGUGUGCUGACCUCCCUGGACGUUCGCCCAGGUGACUGGUACUGCAAUUGCGGCUACCACAACUUCGCCAGCCGCUCCAGCUGCCUCAAGUGUGGCACCAUCGUGAGGGACUUCCCAGCAGGCCAGGGUGGCACUGGCGCUGCUGAGAGCGGUGGAGUUCGUGCUGGGUGGAAAGCAGGUGAUUGGAUAUGCGCAAGGCCUGGCUGUAAUGUGCACAACUUUGCAAGUAGAAUUGAGUGCUAUCAUUGCAAUGCACCUAGGGAAGCAGGCACCGGGAAGUGAGGAGCAACCAUGCCGGCCGAGAUCGAGAGGCGUGACAAGACGGCUUAGGACGAGAGCAACCAUUGUCACACUCGCAAGCUCCGAUCCAGGAAGAAUAAAACUACACAGUAGUAUAUAUGCUGAUGUAUUGCCACCUGUUAUACUACUACAACCGUUGCAUGGUUGCGAGGGCAGGAGAAGUUCCCUUAGAUGGUAUCGCCGCGCCUCGUUUACGUUGGUCGAGGCAUCGCUCAUAUUGUACGGUUUGGAUUACUUGAAUAAAUAUUCUUAACCAUCCUUAUAUGUAUUGUGUAACGGUUGA